UUCACAGGAGCUUUGAAGUUGCCCGUGGAUGUCAUGUACCAACAUUGUGAUGGGUGCACACAUAGCCAUAAAAGUGCAGACCCCGACACACGAAAGCCCCGACGAGAGAACCAAGGAAAGUUGUCCGGGGCGUGCAACUUAUCCAGACCACACGAAGAGAUGACAUCCAGCCGGAGAGACGCGGGCAACCUGAAUUGCACGGUUUAUUUUGUUGAUUGAGAAAAGUUUCAUGAAGAUAUACAAUGUUUAUGAAUGGGAGUUCUCUGAACAGCUCUGCACUGGACCCUAGCGAGCAAGCACUACACCGGCCGCCCUGGGUCACUACUACUCUCGGGUGUUUCCUCAUAUUCACUAUAGUGGUGGAUAUUUUAGGAAACCUGCUGGUGAUUUUCUCCGUCUACAGAAACAAGAAACUUCGAAACGCAGGUAACAUCUUUGUGGUGAGUUUGGCGGUGGCGGAUCUGGUGGUGGCAAUCUAUCCAUAUCCACUGGUCCUGACCUCCAUUUUUCACCGGGGCUGGAACCUGGGAUACAUGCACUGCCAGAUCAGUGGCUUCCUGAUGGGCGUCAGUGUAAUCGGCUCCAUAUUCAACAUCACCGGCAUUGCAAUUAACCGCUACUGUUAUAUCUGCCACAGCCUCAAAUAUGACAAGCUCUACAGUGACAAAAACUCAGUCUGCUAUGUAUUGUUAAUCUGGGCUUUGACAGUGCUUGCUAUUGUGCCCAACUUGUUCGUAGGCUCCCUGCAGUAUGAUCCAAGGGUUUAUUCAUGUACGUUCGAGCAGUCUGCGAGCUCGGCGUACACGAUCGCCGUCGUCUUCUUCCAUUUCAUCCUUCCCAUCAUGAUCGUCACCUACUGUUACCUGCGAAUCUGGGUUCUGGUCAUACAGGUGCGACGUCGAGUAAAGCCCGACAAUCGUCCCAAGCUCACACCGCACGACGUGCGAAAUUUCGUCACAAUGUUUGUUGUUUUCGUGCUUUUUGCUGUAUGCUGGGCACCUUUAAACUUCAUCGGGUUGGCGGUGGCGAUUUCUCCAGAGCGUGUGGUUCCUUUAAUACCUGAAUGGCUUUUUGUGGCAAGUUAUUUCAUGGCAUACUUUAACAGCUGCCUCAAUGCAAUCGUAUAUGGAGUUUUAAACCAGAACUUCCGUCGUGAGUAUAAGCGUAUUGUGGUUUCGGUAUGUACUGCAAGGAUCUUCUUUGGGGAAAGUUCUAAUGAAGCGCAAGAAAGACUCAAAAGCAAACCCUCGCCACUCAUGACCAACAACAAUCAGGUCAAGGUGGACUCUGUGUAAAAGUGUUUGUGUAAGAUGUGAAAAAAGAAAAACAAUCCUUGGUUUAAACUAAGCAGAUUUGAUUUGGAAAAAAUCUGAUAACCAAAUAUGUUGUCAGGAAGCAGCGUCUAGCCCUGAAACUGUGAUUUGUUGCCUCAACACAAUCAAAACAAACAGGAAAAUUAUUAUUAUUGUCUUUUAUAAAGCACUUUUUGCAUUCUUGGUCAGAUGUACUUGUAUGUAUGUAUGUAUGUAUGUAUGUAUGUAUGUAUGUAUGUAUGUAUGUAUGUAUGUAUGUAUGUAUGUAUGUAUGUAUGUAUGUAUGUAUGUAUGUAUGUAUGUAUGUAUGUAUGUAUGUAUGUAUGAAUUCUUUGUUUAAAUGUUUACAGUACUUGUAUCAGCAAAUCUAUGUAAGACAUACUUUGUGUAAUUAUUUUAUAUGAGUAAUCUUUGUCUGAGGAGAACAAAAAACAAAUAUAAAGGUAUGAUUGAUAUAUUACUGUAUAUAUAAAUAUAUAUUGAGUGUGUUUCACUGAUGUUGAUCAUUCGGUGGAGAACGAAGAACAAUGUUGUCAAAAUGAUGCCAUGCCCAUCAGCAUAUCGCUACAAUGCCUGGCCACAAAUGUGACCGAAACUUUAUAAACACUACCAAAAGAGUUUGUUACAGAGUUUACUGUUUUGAGAUGACCUCACCCGGUUCAACACUGUUACUCUACAUUUGAGAAAGCAAUACACCUGGAUUGCUGCUUUCCCACAAUCCCCUGCAGAUAUGUUUGAAAAGUAUGGGGUUUAUUUUCUUUAGGGUUUCUAUCCCUUCUUCUUGCUAUUCUUUUUUUUUUUUUUUUUUUUUUUUUGUUUUUAAUUGUUUUCAUUUUUACCACUAACCGUCUUUGUCUAUUUAAACAUCUCCUUAUCUUCUUUCUUUAUUUUUCUUUGUAUCUUUCUCUUUCUCUCCACUCUUUGUAUGCAUGGAUCUGAUGACAAGUUCAUAUGCAAACUGAGUAAAAAUAAUAAAGUAAAAUGUUUUGAUGAAUAAAAAAUGAAAUAGAAAUUUCUGCAGAAUUUUGUGAAAUUUAUAUAUUAUAUGUA